GCGGGCAUCCCCAGACAACCACUGAGGGGCACCCUCUCUAGCCCCCCAAGGUGUGAUAGGCUGCAUCAUGGAAUGCUAGGUGUGUAGAGUUUGAGGUGUGCGGUGUGCGCGGCACACGGCCUGCUUGGCUCGCGACCUUCCGGCCAAUUUUCUUCCGCCGACUUCUCCACAACCACCCCCCCGUUCUGCGACGACGACGACGACCAAGACGCGUGCGCAACGACGACAGCGUCACAUCCGCCCGCGCCCAGCACUCUUCGCCACCAAGAAUGCCGGAGAGGAAGAAUGACAAAAAGAGCGCCUUCUCAUGCCACGGAUGCCGCACCCGCAAGGUCAAGUGCGGCGCUGAGCAGCCUGCCUGCCGGCGCUGCGUGAAGCGAGGAGAGGAAUGUGUUUACAAGCUAGCCCCGACGUUAUCAUACACCGAGCGCCUGGAGCGUCGAGUUCAGCAGCUCGAAGCUCAACUGGCUAGUCAGCAAGGCCCCUCGACCAGCGGCGGCCAUGAGCAGCCCGCGGCCUCGCCGAGCGCGUCGUCGAGCGGCCUCUCGCCAGGCACUGCUGCAAGCGGCGGUCACGCGGUCCGCAUCGAGGGCCUCAAGGUCGACGACAAGGGCAUGAUCACCUACCACGGGUCGACCAGCUUCUUCCAGGCAGUCUCCAGCCAUGCCAAAGCCGAGACACGCCAGCAGGAGCAGGAUGCGGCUGGUGAUGAAACACAGGCCUCGCGAGACAUCGAGCGACGCGAAAGACUUGUCAACAAUGCGUGGCAGCAACGUGUCAUGGAAUCGUACUCUGGUAUCCCAGAGCCCUUCCAAUAUCUCCUGGAUCUGCACUGGUGCUGGAUCCAGCCACUCUUCAACUUCAUAUAUCGGCCGGCAUUCACUCGCGACAUGCAGACUAUGGGACCUUACUACUCUCAUUCACUGAUGAGUGCCGUCAUGGCGCAUUCUGCACGAUGGGGCCGGAGAGACCCUGCCAUCAGGGUCAAGCUUGACGAGUUCGAUGGCGGACGCCUCUUCAGUCGCCAAGUGAGGUCCCUCAUAUUCGAGGAUCUCGAAAAUGGUGUCGGAACCGUCCCGACAGUGCAGACACUGCUGCUCCUGAGUGCCCAAGAAUGCGGCGCAGGAAACACGGUGCAGGCAUGGGUAUAUAGCGGAAUAGCCUUCCGGCUCGUCGACCACUUGGGCAUCUGUAUCGACGGACAGAGGUUCACGAGCGAUGUCCAGCUUUCGGAUGAGGACAUGGAGAUUCGUCACCGACUAUUUUGGAGCUGUUACUUCUGGGAUAAGAUCAUCAGUCUCUAUCUUGGCAGGCGGCCAACCUUCAAGUACUCUGACGUCUCGCCACCCCCAUCCAUGUUCGACGACUCGACCGAGACCGAGCUGUGGGUUCCUCACGGAGUCACAUUUCCAUCUGGUUUCGAGUAUCCACCGACACCGGCACACUCCACAUCGUGCUUCAUACGCAUGUGUGAGCUAUCAGUCAUCUUCAACGAAAUCCUCAGCCACAUCUACGAUCCUUUGGGACAGAAUACGCAGUCCGAGAUCGAAGCAUGUGUGACCAGUCAAAGCGUCGCUCUGGACAUUUGGUGGCGCGAUCUGCCUCCGUUCUUGAAGCUCGAGCCCACGAACCUGCCACCAGUCGCACCGCCAUCCCAUAUCGUGGUCAUGAACUGUCUCUACCACACGUUCCGGAUACUGCUCUACCGGCCCAUGUUGACUCGUCGGUCAAGUGACGCCACCAGGACAGAACCGAAUCGGUUUCAGGGGUACCUGGAGCAAUGUGUCACCUCGGCUGUCGCUAUAUCAGCUGUAUUUGACCUCUUUGUCCGGUCGUUUGGCUACGGGCAUUGUAUUCUAUCAUUAUCGUACUCGGUCUACAUAGCCGUGUCUAUAUUUCUGCUGCAAGUGCAGGCACACGAGGGCGGGAACGAGGCCCUCCAUCGUUUGCUGUUUUGCGUAGACUGCCUGGAGCAGGUCAAGGACGUCAAUCCGGUCAUUGUCAGCGCCCUCAAGCCAAUCCACGAGAUCCUCGAAAAGGCAGGCAUCAGCACGGCGCAGGCCGCACUGGGUCUGGCAUCGAUAGGACUGAACGACAAGAUCCCGGCACACAUCACUCACACGGCCGAUCCUGGGGGCUCGUCGGCAUCUGCAGCGUUCAUACAUAACGCAGCAUCACAAAUCCAACAAGCGCCGCCAACCGGCGGUCCGCCUCUGCUGAGUGCCGAACAGCUCCCGCUGCCACCCAUGAACACGACAGGACAGCUUGCCAACCGACUGCAACCGCAGGGACAGCAGCGGUACGCAUCUGUCUUGCCGGACCAUCAAUUGAAGGAUGGAGUUGUGGACCAGUUCCCGGACAAGAUCUUCGAUGCGGCGUCAACGCUUGACGUGCUGAAAGUGAACAUACAGAGCCUCGACAUACCGCAUGACCCUGUUCCUGGCUGAAGGGCGAGGGCAGGGAGUUCUCACAUGUGCGAGAUUUCCUGGAUUGUGUUUGCAUCUCUGGCAAUCCUUGACCAUGCCCCCAUAGACUCCUCGCCUCACGACUCACUGCUGGAGUUGGACCCUCGUCGUGCAUUGAGUUUCGGGUCGAUCAUAGUUCUGCUUGACCUUGGUGGUUUUCUCGCGAUGGCCCUUUCGCGCUUUGCUGGACGAUAGUUUACGUGCAACAUGAGAUCCACGUUUUGUUAGCAUAGCCUUUGAAGAAAAAUACACUCGAAUUCAGCCAAA